GCGGCCCCUCCCCUCCCCCCGCCCGGCUGCCGGUGGGGGCGGGGACGCGCCGCAUGCCAGCGACGCCACCGGCGCCCGCCGCGGCCGGAGCAGGGGCCGGGAGCUGGGGAGGGGGGACCGCGGUCUGGACCGGGGCCCUUUGUCUGAGCGGCCGGCGGGGUGUCGCGGCGGCGGCGGCGGCGGCGGCCCCCCCACCGUGAGGUGAGGCGAGGCGAGGCGAGGCGAGGCGGCGCCGGGAGCCUCCACCCCCGGCCCACCCUGCCCCCGGCUCAUCAUGUGACGCGGGAUUGAAGUGGAUCUAGGGACGAACGGAUGACUGAGUGUUCAUAUGAAGAGGAAAGCCAUAAAAGACAUCAGCGCCUUUGGGAACAGAAUGCUAAUGCUUGAUGGGAUGCCGGCAGUUAGAGUCAAAACAGAGCUGCUGGAAUCCGAGCAAGGGUCUCCAAACGUCCACAACUACCCAGAUAUGGAAGCUGUACCCUUGUUACUAAACAACAUGAAGGCAGACCCCGUGGAGGAUUCAUUAUCUACAGACCAUUUCCAAACACAGACUGAACCAGUGGACUUGUCAAUAAACAAAGCCAGGUCAUCCCCUACAGCAGCUUCAUCUUCACCGGUUUCCAUUACAGCAUCAGCCUCCUCCCCUUCUUCUACUUCUACUUCUUCUUCUUCUAGUCGGCCAGCUUCAUCACCCACAGUAAUAACAUCGGUAUCCUCAGCGGCAUCUGUACCGUCAGUAUUAACUCCAGGUCCUCUUGUGGCCUCUGCGUCUGGUGUUGGAGGCCAGCAGUUUUUGCACAUUAUCCAUCCAGUACCACCUUCAAGCCCCAUGAACUUGCAGUCCAACAAAAUGAGUCACGUGCACCGUAUCCCCGUGGUGGUACAGUCGGUACCUGUUGUCUACACAGCUGUGAGAUCACCUGGGAAUAUGAACAACACUAUAGUAGUACCACUGUUGGAGGAUGGGAGAAGCCACGUCAAAGCACAAAUGGACCCCCGAGGCCUAUCUCCCAGACAAAUUAAAAGUGACAGUGAUGAUGACGACCUGCCAAAUGUGACCUUAGAUAGCGUUAAUGAAACUGGAUCUACAGCGCUCUCCAUAGCCAGAGCAGUACAAGAAGAGAGCAUGUGGGGCUGUGCCAGGUCAGCUGUUAACCCUUUUCGUUUUUUCAACUCCAGUUCCAUUUCACCGUUCAGUAUUGAGAGCACAAGGCGUCAGAGAAGGUCCGAGUCUCCAGACUCCAGGAAGCGACGCAUCCAUCGGUGUGACUUUGAGGGAUGCAACAAAGUAUACACAAAAAGUUCCCACCUGAAGGCUCACCGGAGGACGCACACAGGAGAAAAACCCUACAAAUGUACCUGGGAAGGCUGCACCUGGAAGUUUGCUCGCUCGGACGAACUGACGAGGCAUUACCGCAAGCACACGGGAGUGAAGCCAUUCAAGUGUGCAGACUGUGACCGCAGCUUUUCCCGCUCAGAUCACUUGGCGCUCCACCGCCGCAGGCACAUGCUGGUUUGAGAAACGCUACCUGUUCCAGCCGAGUUUAAGAGCUGGGUCUCUUAACUACCCGGAGUGAAUUCAGCAGGGCUGAAUCCCCUUCUACAGUGUUAACAGACAGGGCUUUCCCUGACGUCCGUAACAAAAAAUAAUAACAGAAAUUUAAAAAAAAAAAAAAAAGCAGGAAAAGAAGUGCCACUCUUCUCCUUGCCAUCUGAUGUUAACCCCGUCUGCCCCUCAGCAUGGCUACCCCCUGAAAGUGUCAUCACAAUCACCUGGGAAAUAGCAGCCAAAAUGCUACAGGAAUGGGCAUUAUUUUACAUGCUGCGUCCUUUGACAAAAAAUGUUUAUAGCUUGUAUGUUUUCUCAGCUGUCGGACAUUCUGUUCCUGAAAAAUCACUGCUGAUUGGAGGAUUAGAUACAACAAACCGAUGAUGAUGAAAGCAAGACCGCUAGACCUUUAUUAUCCCAUCUUUUCCCCUUGUUUUGAAUACCAUCUGGCCGGUGUCAGCAUUACACCCGGGCUGUGCUACAGACAAGCUGCGUGUGAGUAGGCAAGAAGAUUCUGCUGGGAACGUCCCGCUGUCGGAGCUGAAGGGUCGCUUGAGCAGACUUUUGCAAUAACGAUGGUGGCAUUUUAAUAUUGUACCACAAUUUGUCAUUAUGCCCUAGAGGACGCCAGCCAUUUAACCUUCUUUUAUCCUUUUUUUUUUUCCUUUCUUUUGUUUUGUUGUUGUUGCUGUUGAAGUCUGUAAAAUAAACAAGGGGCAGCAGCAUCAUCUCUGCUGAAAGUACAAUAUUAAGUAUCUGUAUUUUACCAUGGACUUAUUUAGAACAGUUUUCUGAUUUGUAUAGAAAAAGCCCGUCUAAAAACUACUACCCCAUUCUCAAAGUGCAGUUUUCUUUCAUGCAGGUAUCCUCUUCCCCAGUGUUUGAAUACAAGGAAAUAGUCAGAUCUUACACUCGCUGGUACCAAGAUUAGUGGUGUAGCCAUUCAUGAAAUGGAAGAGGAUGUACCAACAAACAAAACAGAGAAGGAAGGGCUGCAUCUCUUAGAGAUAAAAAGCAAUAAUGAGUAAAAUGGCUCUCGAGACAAUAAUUUACUCCACACCAACAGAAAGGGGGGUUUGCAGAAAUAGCAUGUAAGAUCAUUUAAGUUAAUCUUUCUGAUGGUUUCACUGACCUGCUAGGUACCACAAUUAAGUACUUUCAUUUCCUUCAGCAUAAUACUUGUGUCUGGAAAGCAAGAUAGAUAAAGGAAAGAGCUGAUUGUUGAGGAGUCAGUGGAUGAACCGUAAGUAGGAAGGAGAAAUGGUUCUGCAGUGGUGCUCUGCAAGACAUUAGGUAUCUCCCUGGGAGUUAGGGAAUAACAAGAUUUUGCCAGCUGCCUAGUAUGAUAUAAAUGGUCCUUUAUAUAGGUACCAGUGGCUACCCCUGCUGGGAUUUUCAAUCCAAGCCUUUUCAGGUUAAAUAAAAGGAAAUUCUUGAUCAUCCCCAUACAGCCCUGUAAUUGUGAAUCAGUUUGUAUUAAUUGAAUUAUGUAGGAAAGAGAGAAACUCUUAGCCACCGGUUGUUCAUGCAAAUGGAUUAGUGUUUUUCUAUCUUCUUUCCUCACGAGGAUCUGCCUACCCAGCUAAAUUUGACAAAGAUGAGGCUUGGCAAGAUAUUUUAAGUGUUGAGAUUUUUAUAGCUUAGAGAUAAAAGAUGUAUACAUAAAGGUCUUUUGCAAUGCAUUUAAUUAUGAAUAUUUGGUUCCAGGAAUUGCACAGAUUAAACUUGUGAUGCCACUUGUUCAUUUUUAAAUGUUUGACCAGUCUGAAUUAACUUCUGAUUCCUGAAGUAACCAUAAUAAUGUUGGGGGAAUUCUGGAAUCGAAGUAAUCUUAAAGGAAAACCAGCACAGAGCACCCAUACAAAUACUGAAAGCAAUUACAGUUAAUUGAGGAUUAAUAUGACUGGGAUAAUACUUUAUAAUAGCAUUCACAGGGCUGAAAGUUUGAUUGUCUUUAAAUAUGUUCUUAAUAUUUCCUGGUACCGGAUAGUUUAUCAGCUCUCUGAAAGGAGAACUUCAGUACUGUUAAAGCUCAGGCUCUCUUCUGCCGAGUGGUCAGCAGAGAAACCCAAGACAAAUUAUUCGCGGCCAUUGUGGGAAAAACGCCUCUCAAUUCCCGUUGACUGUGUUGUUAAUCAACUCUCACAAAAUUCAACAACGUUUUAUAUCCAUCUCCAAAUCAGGAAUGAAGCAAAGGCGCUAAAUGUCUGUGCAAAGCAUGAAAAGGCUGCGAUGGAUCCGGGCUUCUAGGUAGGCCAUGAGGCAUUGCAGGGCAGCAGAACUGGGUCUUUACCAGCAGCGUUUACUGCUGUUGGUUUAAAAAACUGGUUGUCAGUGUUGUGUGUGAGAUGGUUCAUGGAUUACGUCUGAGGUCUGUCUUUUCUGUACUUCAGUAUCAUCCCCUUAAAUGAAUCUGUCAGUCUCAGCAUUUAGGGAAAAAAGUCAGGUCAGGUAGAAGUCAACUGAUAAAAUUAUUUUCCCGCCCAAGAACAUUUUACUGACUAAUUACUUGAAUAGCAGUAAUUCAGUUGAAGAACCGAUGGCAUACAGAAUUCCUUUCAGGCUCUGACUUUUUUUCUCCCAUAGGAAAUGAAAUUUAUUUGACCAGAAGCUCCUGAGGCCAUUCUGUUGGCAUGUGAGAGGAGCAGUGAGAGAUCAUCUCUGAUGCUAUUCACAAAGGCAGGGUGUAACUGGGAGAGACCAGUGUCCUCUUUAGGCUUCUUCUGUAGUCAAUGAAGAGAGAAAAAUUCCAAGAGAAAUUGAGAGGCCUUAAAUUUCAGCAUUCAGCUCUCAGUGCUGCCCCGAGGAGGAGCAUAUGUAUCACAGACCCUGGGGAGGCUCCUCUCCCAUGACCAAGGUUGGUCUUUGUGAAUCCCUUGUCUUUGAGCUGGUUGCCCAUUACUUCAUACAUAGGAAACACUGCAACAGAAAGAGGGUCUGGUUUUAUUCAAGGAACCUCGAAGUGAUACAGGCAUAAAGCAGCACUCAUGGCAAGGGACACAGGCACAGAGCGUGUCAAUGGUAACAGAAUGAAGCCAAAAGGUAAAGGAGUGUACGCUCAAUUUUCUUACUUCACAAUCAGGAAGUAUAUCCUCAACCUUUCCAGCACACAUGUAAGGGCUUUUCGUGCUGAUGUUACCUCUAGACAACUUAGACUACCAGCAGUAGUCCAGCACCGGGUUUCAAGUACCCAGUGUGGUUCUUGGCAAGUUUCUCAUUCAUACCAGUGCCUGCAGGCAUUGGCCCCAGAUACUCUGUGAGGUUGUUUUCAUGUUUGUUUUCCCCUUCAGAAAUAUUUUAAAAGAUGUUACUCUGUGGGAGGAGCGUGUUUGGAUGUGGAGCUGAUGUUCCCCAGAUUCUCAGGGUGUCCUUCCAUCAGUGGCUGUGGUUCAGACCCGCCAAACUGUGCUUGUGCAAAGACCGAGGGCGAUUGCUCCAAGGUAGUUUCCUCAAAAAUCCUGGCAUCCCACUGCAGGUUCAUGACAUUUUGUAGCUGCGAUGAAGGCUUACAUCAUAUGUAGCACGCAGAAAUACCAGAUCUUGUCUUGACGCAAAACAGUAGGUCCGUCUUAACUGAGCAGUUGGGAGGGACAAAUAUAGCGUGUCCCAUUCUUUCGGGAAGACAGAAAUGUAUGCUUCUGAGUGUGAGUAAAGGGUGGAUAAUAUCCACCAUGCCCAUUACGACCUGCAAAGGAAACUAUGCCACAAAGUGUCAGAUUUUAAAUGUUUCCAAAAGGAUCCAAUGGAUUUGUCAGGAACUCAGUAGCCAGCAUUAUAGGAAAGCGUAACGAGCAAGAAGCUUUGAUACAGAACUUUUUAAAUUUUAAACUGCCAUUAUUUUUUGAGCACCUGUUUUAUUCAGCACUGUAAAAUUGGCUCAUUGCAACAGCAGUUUAUACUUGGGGAUGAAGAUGCAGUAUUCCUUAUUCUCUAUCACGCUUACACAAUUAAUUAAAUAGAUUUAGACUGACUUGUAUAUAUGAUUAUGUGCUGGAGUAAUGUAUAACAAAAUUAACUGUUAAAAAUUACAUCAGUGGUGUUGAUGUUUGGGGUAAACUCACAGUGCAGAGCAUGGACAAAUAGCUGGACAGCCUUUCUCCCCUUUAAUAAUGGGAAUAACAGUGAUCAUAAGUCUCGUUUUCCAUUAGCCACAUUGAAAAUGUAUUCUAGUUGCCAUUUAUAAAUUUAUCUUCUGAUAAUAAAUGCUGUUUAAUGGAAAAAAUCUCUUUCUCCUUUAUUGAAGGUGGGUGCCUCAAAAUCAGAGUAAAUUUCACCAUUAAUAUCCCGCUUAUUUUUUAGUUUGAACUUUGGUUUGGAGAGGUCAGUGUGUGAAACUGCAUCUUCCACAGCGGACAAGUCUAAAGAUCGUUCAGUGAAUCAGCCCUGCUCCCGCAUGUUCAUCCAUAUACCCAUGCGUAUAAACCCCAGCACUUCCACAUGCCUCCACCCAUGUGCAGGUAAUAAACAAGUUUAUUUAAAAAAAAAAUCAGAAAAGGAAGAAUUGGAAAUAAACACUGUAAAAGAAAGUACUACCUUCUUAAGAAACCAGCUCAUGUUAUUGUGUUAUGCCUUUGCCUGUGAUUUAUAACUGGAGAAGUGCACAAAGAAAUUUAAAGAUUGUUGUAUUUUCGCAGUUCUGCUAUAGCGUAACAGUUGCUGUGUAAUGUGUGCUCAUGAAGUAAAGCCCAUUGGUACCUUAAAAAUGCUUAAAUUCUGAUCAAUUUCCGCAGUAAAUCAGGUUUUAGUACAAAAAUGGAACUAUAAGGAUACUGCAUCUUUAGAAAUCAAAAUACAUUGACAGUAUUUUACUAUACUUGUAACAGUUUAAAUGUUCUGUAAUAUACAUGAUAGUGGAAAAGUAUUUCCAAACUCACAAUUUUACAUGGCGUGUAAAUAGGUUAAGUGAAGUACAUUUUUAAAAUUCAUCAGGAAAAAUGGUAAGACAAUGCCUUGCAAAGCUUGAACACAAAGUGGAAGAGAUAAAUGGUUCCGUUUUGUCAGAGCGUGUUUUCUCUGCAAAACGGAGUGUCCACUUCGUUGUUCGCAGAUCGUGUGCGGUAUAGAGAAGUCAUAUCGAAUCCUUCAGUGUCAAAUAAGUCAACACUCAGAAUGUCUUUGAAUAAAGGAAAAAAAACAAAACCACUUAAUCAAAAUGAAAACCAUAUGGAAGGUUUUGGGUUUUUUGUCUUUUUUCUUUUUCCCUUCUGGCAUUUCACAGUGAACUGCAGAUACAGUAAUGGCAAACUCUCAUUUGGCUUUAUUUCUUCUUGUGUUUCCCUGACUACAACACAUCACGAACAAAGGUUGCAGCUGCUCCUUGCCGAUUCCAGGGAAGUUUAGUCUUGCAGGUGCAGUAGCAUGUCAGCAAAAUCAAUUGUAGCAGGACAGUUGUGACAUUUAAAAUGCACAUACACUUCAGCAAGAGAGCGUAAAAGCUAUUUUAAAAGAUGACACAGAAACUGAAAGUGCCUGUAAUUAGAACUGAUGGGAUGUUCCUAUACUUUUACACAGCAAUAACUUAUGGGAUUCUGUUAACAGUAAGGUGAAAAUGAAAUUUUACUAGGAGAACAAUAAUGCAGCACAGAAACAAACACAAAGUGCCAUUUGUAUAUUCACAUGUUGAGAUAAUUGUGUUAGAGGUUUUAGUUAUUUUCUCAGAUAACGUCUGUCAUAUACUUGUAAGAAGAAGAUGAUGCUUAGCGUACAAAUGACUCAUAUCCAUAUCGAUUCUCAGUAGGUGUGAGUGGAGCUCAUUGUCAAGCAGUGUUUUAGGGGAUUCCUUCCUAAUUUAUGUCUGAUGUGCCCGUGUAUCCAGGGUAUUCUCUAAUGAAAUAAUCCAAAAACCAGCAAUAAGCCCAAUGAAGCUUUUUUAGGGUAUAUGGUAGAACAGGGAUUCUCUUGCAAAAUCCUCUGCAUCAAACUCUGGAAACACAGAGUUCACCUUAUGUCUCCUUUCUAUUCGUCAUGUAAUGCUCGUAGUAUUUAAUAUCAUCUUAGAACUGGUUGACUUCAGGAGUGGACAAAAUAUAUCACUUUUCUUUCUUUGCGGGACAAAUGAGUGAAAAAAUGGGGACUGUCAGUCUAGAGACUAUUUGAAUAGCAAACAAGAAGUUGAUAUUCCUAAAAUGGAGUACGGAGAGGUUUAUACUGAGUGGCCUAAACAUUUGCAUCAAUAGACUAAUUGAUCUUACAAGAAAAUGGCCAGCUGUGACUCUUCCACUCUUUGUUUUUUUUUCUCUUUUUUUAAAUCUGGUAGGUUUCUGUAAAAACAAAAUAAACUGCUGCUAAUGGAUUCUUAAAAUAGCAGUGUAAUGCCAUCCCUCUUGCUUCUUCUGUUUCUAAAAAUGAAUUCAUUGGAGAUCAAAGUGUAACUGAUUGUCCUAAUACCUUUGCCAAGGAAGAUUGCUUUCCAUCCUCUAAAUUUGUACCUGUCAUUCAUCCAGGCAGAAUUUUGUAUUUGAAAAUUUCCAGAUUUUGCCUAGACUUUUGCUGCCAUCGGUGGUUGCUUCUGGAGUGGGGGGAUGGGUCUUCGGGUUUUAUUCACUGAGGCAGGAUUGGGUGUGCACAAAGAUGCUCAUAUACUGAAGAAAGUGCAGGUGCAAAAAAGAAAAAAGCACAUGGACUCGCCUGUAAAAACCAGGUGUUUAUGCACAUCUGUUAAUUGUGUGACCAGACUGAGGGUUUAGGAACAGCUUGUUUUUAAAUGUUAGCCACUGCUGGAAAUAAGCCCAUCAGAACAUGCAUACACUCAUUCUGUCGUCCUCAGCUUAAUCUCCAGAUAUUAAGCACAUAAAAGAACUCAAUUGAUGCUGGGGAUUUUAGGAAGGCACCAGGGAAUGUGUCAUCAGAAGGACAAAGGAAACGCUAGUUUCUUACCUCAUGCCUGAGCCCUUGUUGGAGAGGAGGGCUUGGUUCUUUGUUCUGGAGCAGCAGCACUACAGGGAGGCACCCUUAGUGCCUUGCAGCGUUGGGAGGUUUGGCCGACUGCAGCCCUAUGUGUGUUAGUUCCUGCGUAGGAAAGGGCACCUUGUCUUCACCAUCCCAAAAUGAACCCGGCUUUUUUUUUCCUUCUUUCUGAAAAACAAAUAACAGCAUUGGUUUUUCCUCAGUUCUACUGAUUUGCCAGCAUGUGCUUGUGACAGCUUGUGCUUACUGACUUUAAAUUAUGAAAUAAACUGAGUGGCCCUUUUAUUAAGUUCUAGAUUAUUCAGUACGCAGUUGUUCAGUCCUCCAGACAAGCAAAACUGCGAAUGUGGAUUUUUAGCUAUUACUAAAGUAAGAAUUGAAAAAAUUAUGUGUGACCUGCAACAUCUUCCCCAGCUCAGCCUCAAAAGUUUCAGUGAGCCAAGAUGCCCUCAGUUAUAAAUGAAGAGGUGAAUGGUGGUUCACACAUUGGCUUGCCAAACCUUGCUCCGUGCUGUGACCUCUGCAUUUAAAAAACAAUAGUUCGGUGUCUGGUAGGGAACCACAGGUGAUGGCUUUGAUGUACCGUCAUAAGCAUGAACCAUGAAAUACAGAAGUAGGUCCAGGUGCUGCCUUUCUAGAUGUAAAAUGCUUCUUUGGAAAGACAGUUUGAGCCAUAAUCUUCACGGCUGAACUAAUCUUUCUCACAAUUCAGAGUUCAUGUUGUCAUUUCUGGUUGCAAGCUAUUUUUCACUUCUACGUUUGCAUUUUAUUUUUCAUUUUAAAAAAAACCACCAUGGUUUAUUUCUUUCCUUAUCGUCCUAUACAUCGCUUCCUUGGUAAUGUAAGUUCUCCGCUGAACACCUACACAGUAUGUCCUCUUGACCUGCUGUCUGUCCCUAAAAGGUUAUAUCUCCCAUUUGCACUUGCAAUAAAACGUUCACAGAGAUAGUAAUGAAUUACUUCAGUUUCAUGCACCAUCAGCCUUCGGACCUUCAACCCACACACAGACACGCGCAUUCAUACACUGCAAGUGAAAGAGAGACUUGGACACUGCUGUCAACAUGUGGGGUCAAAAAUACCAUUAAAUUGGAAAGUUCUUUCAGCUGUGUUUAGGAAGAAACAACAAUCAUGAAGAAUAGCGUUCUUGGCCAGGUCACUUAUGGAUGAAGCAAAUUCCCCUAUGGCGUUAGUUGAAUGAAAUGCUAAGGAUGGGGUUGCAUUUGGCCCCACAUUGUUCCUUCUAAUCGGGUCGUUACCGCUGUACGUACCAAUGAGUGUUCAUUUGAUCCUCCUGUGUAAAAAUACAAAAACAUCCCUUAGUUUACAAAGUGAUUAAUUUGGGACUGAAGCGUCACAGCCGUGGAAUUAGUAGGUAUGGCACCUCAAUCUUUUUCCUAGAUAAGAUGCAAAAGGGAGGGUCGCUAUCGGUAACCCCAUAGAGAUAAUACUGUCAAUAGAGGUCCUUCGCUUAGAAGGAAUAAAAAUACCAGUGCUAGCAAGCAAACAUAUUAGUUUCUUAAGUCUUUUUCUUUUGCCUUCUUCUCAAAAGCUUUUAAAUGCAAAAAUUACUUUUCUUCAAAAAUAAAAGUAAUCAUCUGAAGAUCUAAUUUCCCAAUAGUUUCCUCUGCAUUUAUAUACUAUGUAGUGUUUAGGCAACACCUAUGUUAUAAGUUUAUUAAUAUUAUGUAAGUGUUGUUCUUGUAUUUAUGUAUAGUGUAUGUAUUGUAAAUAUACUCAGAGCUUUUUUUCCUCUUACUGUAAAAUGGUGAUUUUUGCCCUAUGAUAAUGUAAAGGGAGUCCCCUAAUGAAAUCCUGUCAGAGGAUGAUUAUUCCAGUCUAUUCUCAAAGAUUUAAAUGAACAAGUGUUAUCGUUUUUAAUGGUGUCUCAGACAUAUUUUGUUGGUGCAUUGCUUUUCUGUAUUCAACUUUCCUAUGAAUUGAGCUGUGAAUUGAAAUAGAGUUUAAACCUUUAAAUGUAUGCAUUUGUAUAAUUAUCUGAAUGGAGGCAUGAAGGUUAAAUAAAGCAUUUUGUAUUGAACAAAA